AUGCAAAGACUGGAUUCAUUACAAUCUCGACAGUGGCCACCAGGAACAACAUACGACAGUAUAUACUACUUGGGUGAAAUGGCAGAAUUACAGUUCCUCUCUGGCAAAAUCAAAUUAGAUGACAAUAGCAAAUGGAAAGGACAUCGCAUCAAGCGUUUUGGUGAUAAGAUUGUACUCGUGGCUGACGGUGUGAAUGAACAGAAUCUAUCUGGUAUCAAAAUACCUCAUUUUGAAUGGAAUAAUGUGGCGCCUAAUGCUCUUGGUAUUCAUGGAUAUAUAUACAAUGUUACUGGCGUAGAUCAACAUACUUCUACUAGAUUAUUGAAAAUUUACUUUGCUAAUGUACAUCCAAUCUUACCAGUCAUCAAUAAGAUAGAAUUUUUGAAGCAGUAUCGUGAUCAAACUGAAACUUAUCCAUCUGGUGAACUAUUAAAUGCAAUGUUUGGUGCAGCGGCAAGAUUCGUAGAAUGUGAAUAUCUUGAACCAGAUCGACUAAAAAAAGUACCAAAAGAUACUAUAUGGGAUGUACCUAUGGGAUGGUCUGAUCAUUUCUUCAAUCAAGCUCAAGAUAUUGUCUCAAGGUGGACGGUCAAUCCAACAUCUUCAAAGAUUCAGGCUAUUGUAUUGAUACACAAUCAUCGUGGUAAUCUUGAUUCAAAGUCAUCUGCAUGCUGGCUCAUGGGUGGAUUUGCAAUUCGAUUGGCCCAAAUGCUUGGACUUCAUAGAAAUUGUGAUGAUUGGGAUAUAUCUGACAGUGAAAAGGAAACUAGAAAACGACUUUGGUGGGCCCUUUAUGUUUCUGAUCGCUUCCAAUCUGCACUACAAGGAAAACCAUUAAGUAUACAAGAUGAAAAUGAUGUUGGUUAUCCAAAUGCAAGUGCUACUUGGAAAGAAGUAUUAGAUGAAGGUGAUACUGAUAUUAUUGGUCCUCGAUUUCCAUCGGCAACUUACCAACCUCAAGAUACAAAUGGCACUGUCGAAAUUUAUCAACUAUUUAUUCAAUUUGUCAAACUUUCUGAAAUACUGGGAAGAAUCAUUCAAGGCCUUUAUUCUCCAAAAAUGCAGAAUGCUUGGUCUAAAGGUAGCAUGGAUGGAUUGGUUACAAGAUUGGAUCAUGAAUUGACUGAAUGGCGAUUCUCAUUCUCAAGAGCUCUACGGCAAUCUAGAAAUGAAGAUUUCGAUGAACAUACAGGAUACUUUACUCCAGUUACUGCAUCAAUGCUACUAUUUUAUUUUAGCGCUUUGAUUCUACUGCAUCGACCAUUUAUUCAAUUUAGUGCAACAGGGAAACCUAUCUCAAAAUCAUCCUUCUCAUCCUUCCAAAUAUGUACAAGCGCGGCAACAAGAGGCAUUCGUAUCGCAGCAGGACUUUCGAUUCACGACUUUUUACUAUGUCCUUAUUCUUUCAGUUUAUAUCCAGUGAUGCAAUGCUGUUUGAUUCAUAUUUACAACACUCGUAGUACAGACACACAAAUAUCAAGAGCAGCCAAAUUGGAUUUGAAUAGAGGAAUGGAUUUACUGGAUAAACUACAAUAUAUGUCAAGUUCGGCAAAGAAACUCAACAUUUUACUACGAAACAUCAUCGACAACAAUAAUAUACCACCUUCCAAUCGAGACACUAGUUUAUCUCCUCUUGUGAAUGUUAUUAAUCGAACAUCUACAUCAUCAUCAUCUGAAUCACUACCACAAAAUAAAGAGAACACGAUUGACCAAUCAACGUUCCAUACAUCAACAACUACGCCAUCUGUUUCUUCUUUUCUGGAUACAAACUUGAUUCAAAAUUGGCAAAACCGACAAACGAAGUCAUCCUCUUUCGCUGGAAAUGAGGAUCAGUAUUAUCAAGAAGCCUAUACACUUCAACAAUUUGGAUUCACAGCACCUACCAAAGAAAAGAACGACCAAAAAUCUACAUUAUCGAAAUUCCAAACUUUUGAGAAUAAUGAUGACAGUCUAAUAUCUCCUCUAUCCUCAACAAAAUCACAAUCAGACAAUAUAUCAGCAGUAUCAUUUGCACCAAUACAACAACCGACUGAUAUACUUGACGACGUUCUAUUCAAAUACGACCAAAACAAUCCUUUCUGGAAUAUACCAUCAUCAAUGAAUUGGGAAGAAUGGAAUGAAUGGUUGGAAAAAUCAAUUGAUCCUAUGUAA